CCCUCUUUUUCUCUCAACCCUCUCUUCGCUCUGUUGACAUCACUUGUCAUCACAUAAGUGGAAUUUUCUCGCCACCCAAGAAGUUUGAAGUGACCCCAAUGCACCAUUUAUUUAUAUAUAUAUAUAUAUUGAUAUCCAUUUGAUAAUGUAAGCUCCCUUUCUUUGGUAUCCCUGCGAGUCUGAGGGCCAGGGAGAGAAGGGGGAAAGAGGGAGGAGAAUGGGUAGCUCGGAAGAAGAGAGGCUGGUCCAAAUGGUCCAAGACUUCAUUGAAUCAGAUGCAUCAUCAAUGCCCAUCCCCAUUCCAUCCUCCUCGCAGGCCAUUUCGCUCCACCAGCACACAUGCCUCCUCCUAGAGAGGAUACUUGGGAGUGCUACAGAAGCUGAGAUGGAGAUUUUUGAUAAGGCCUUAAAAUAUGUGAGAAAGAUGGGAGAUGAAAGGAAGCAGAGUAGCGUAAAGAAGAGGCUGAUGAUGAAAUUGAGGAUGGAUGGUUAUCAGGCUUCCCUGUGUAGAUCUUCUUGGGUUUCAACCUUGGAGUGUCCUGGAGGAGAUUAUGAGUAUAUAGACAUUGUGAUGGCAGAGGAAAAUGGUGGCUCAUGUAGGCUAAUAGUAGACAUAGAUUUCAGGUCCCAGUUUGAACUGGCCAGACCCACCUCAGCCUACACCCAGCUCUCUAACAUCCUCCCCCCAGUCUUUGUUGGCAAAGAAGAGAAGCUUAAGAAGGUGGUCUCCCUCCUAUGCUCUGCUGCACAGCAGUCCCUAAAAGAAAGGGGCCUCCACAUCCCUCCAUGGAGGAAGUCAAGCUACAUGCAGUCCAAAUGGCUCUCUUGCUGCCACAAAGCCUCCACCAUCCCCUUCCCUAAUAUUUUAUCCACCAAGGACUUGACCCAGAAAGGAAGGGAUGCCUCCUCCCAAGCCAAUGACAGGGGCAGCAGGCCUAAAGGAACACAAGGGUCUGGCCUCUCAAGCCAGUUCUCUGAACUUAGAAUAAAUUGUUGCUGACUUUGAUGUCGCAUAGUAGUAGAUUUCUGGUUAGGAGCCUCAGAGUUUUGGCUUGGUCACAAUAUGGACUUUUUGUGGCUUCUUUUUGCACUGAGGCACUUGUCAAGGAGGAACAUCUAUAUCUAGUUUUUGCUAAUCUAUAUUAAAAAGAAAGGGCAGUCUCUUGAUGUUGUCAUGUGGGACCACCUUCCAGAGAAGAGACACACAGUUCUGGUAAUAGGUGGGUUGCUCCCACUAUAAGUACACAGUGCCCAUCUUUGUGCUAGUUUCUAUGGGAGCAUGUUUUUCUCCA